AUGUGUAACGUGCAAAAUAUUUCUGAAGCUUACCUCGCUCUUUUCCAAGAUAUUGACUUUAAUAAUAAGGAGUUACAAGGUACGUAUUCAUCGUUCAGAAUUAGGGAUUUGAACGCUCAAAAAGGUUUACUAAAAUUUAUAAUUUACAAAGUUGCUAUCUUCUUUAUUGUGUUUAAUCCGUUAUAUUGGAACUUUGGUGCAAGAUUAGAGUAUAACACCAAAACACUUUCAAAAUUAAGUUUCGGCUCCAAGAAGUUAGCAGUUUAUCUAUUUUCAUUAUCUGUUUUUAUCUUGGGUUUGUUUAGAGAUGAAUUUUAUAGAAGGCCAUUUUAG